GUGCUCAGAAAAGAAGAAAAACAACACCACUACUGCUGAUGGUGUUGAUCCCACCCAAACUGACGAAUCUUCACCACUAAUUUUGACACAAUCACCUCAACAUCUGCCUCACAGUGAACUGACAUCUUCCAGUGGAGUGGAUGAUAAUGUAUUAGAUAUUAAUACUGUUUCAUUUGACGAAUAUAUAGAAGGUGAAGACUUCAUUCCAGAGAAAAUUUUGAUUGAUCAUCUAGAUAUAAUUAAUGAAAUUAACUCUGAUGAUAAU